AUGUCCUCCCAAUCCAUCGCCCAGUACAUGAUCUCGCGCCCCAACCUCCCCCCUCACCCCCGAACACUCAAGCACCUGCUCACCCUCCCCCCAGCCCUCUUAAACCGAAUCCUCUCUUUCCUCCCGCCAGCCGCCCUCGCCGUCCUCCUCCGCGUCAACCGCUACCUCAACGCAACCGCAACGCCCCUCCUCUACCGGCGCGUCAUCAUCCAUCCAGACCUCGGCGUCGACGCCGCCACAAUGCAAUUCAUCCGCGACCCCAGCCGCACCUUUGUCUACGCCUUGAGCCGGCACUACGAACCCGUGCGUCUCGUCCAGGAACUGGUCGUGCACCAACACUACGCCUUCUACAUGCCCUUCGCGGACGCUUUGGACCGCAUGAUCGCGCAAAUGAGGAACCUGGAACGCCUCGUGAUCAAGGCUUGCUAUGCAACGACGCCGCUUCUAUCCGAGGAGCCGGGCCUGGCGGGGCCGCUGAGGGCGCAGAUUGGGGGUGUGUUCUCGCGCUGGGCGAGCAGUCUGCUCAUGGGGAAGUUGGAGUCUUGCGAAAUCAGUCUCUCCUUCGACGUCCCCUGGAAUUUCACCGAGUACACCGCGCUGCUCACCCACCACACCCUGAAGCGCCUGACAAUCCACAACGCGUCCAUCCACGAUUUCCACACGAGGAUGAACACGCACAGCACCAGGCUGCAAUCCCUGACCCUCCUCUGCUGCGACAUCACGCCCACCGCACUACUUAAGAUCUUGACUCUCCCCCGCGCCCUCACCCAUUUGAGCUUGACAGGCCCCCGCCAGAUCGGAGGGGCAGUGCACACAUCCAGCCAGCACGCCUUGUACCUGGCAGCGCUAGAACCGCAACAGAACUCGCUGAAGUCAUUUGAAUGGACACUCAGCCGCUUACGGAUUGCCAAUGUAACCCCACUCGACUUCAGCCACCUCUCGAGCCUGGAAACACUAACGUUCACGCCAUUCCUCAUUCGCGCGCGCGGGACCCUGCAAAACCUCACGCCGCUGGCGUCCCCGUGUCCAUUUCCAUCUUCGCUAAAGGAGUUGAGGAUUCUGCAUAUUUGGUCUGGCACCGUUGUCGAGGCUGAGCGGAUGGUUAUGGUUGUGGUUGGGCACUUGAGCCGGAACGGGCAGAUGGGGAAUUUGGAGAGAGUGGUCUUUGAUACGCCGAGGGCGCCUUGGUUUAGACGGGAGUAUCCGUUGCCUGCUUUGCCUACCUUGGGUUUGCCGGGUGGUGAGGGACCGGAGACGCAGACAGGAACUCACGAUGAUGGAGAGGAUGCCGCUUCGACCUCGAGUUUGAGUGAAGGGCUGGAUACGGAUCCGGAUCCGGCUCAAACGCAGGAGGAGCGUGAGGAAGCUGGAGGAGAUACGGAGACAAAACCAUCUCUUCGAAUUGAGCGGACGAGAUGUCAGCUUGGACGGAGCUUUGCGGCGGAUGAUUUGGGGGAGUGUCCGUGCUGCGAUUAUGACCUUGGACGCACGGUCGUGUUUGAGGUGAAUGGCCGUGGCGGUGGCAAUGGCACUCCCAAUGCUACACCCUAA